UGCGCAUGCGCACAGCGUCUAUUCACUACUGCUCUGCUAUGCAGAGCAGUGACUGUAGGAGACUCCCAACUGCCCCCCCCCCCAUCGCGGGACACUGCGGGAGGUCCCGACAGUGACCUGUUCCAGAUUGAUAAUGUGACUGGAUCUGUCUCCUUGAUUCACACCCUGGAGAGCAAACUUAGCCCUGCUAUCAUUAAUCUGAGAGUCAUGGCCUCUCAAGUCGGGGACUCCAGAAAGUACUCGUUGGCUGAGGUAACAGUACGAGUGCUAGCAGCCAACAAGCAUGCACCCCGCUUUGCAGCUACCCAGUACCAGGCAUUUGUGCAGGAGGAUAACAACCCUGCUGCUCUAGUCAGCACGUACAAUGGCCGUGUGCUCUCACUCACACCUUCUGAUGGAGAUUUCCCUAAUGGAACCAAUCCCCAGAUCCACCUUACUCUGUCAUCUCUACCUAAGCACAGACAACUAUUUCAGAUAACAGAGAGUGGCUUGCUUAUAGCCAGAGCCAACCAACUGCAGGCAACAGAAACAUAUAAUCUGAAGGUCUCUGCAAGAGAUGAAGAGUCUGGAGAAACUGAUAACUGUACAGUCAUUGUGAAGGUCUUGGCGCAUGGGCAGGCAGCCCCUAGGGAUCCAUCAGAACCACAGCCCAUGUUUACAGUGCCAGACCUUCCCAUCCUAGCAGGGGGACUUGGGGCACUUGUGUUAUUAUUUGGGGCCCUGCUGUUCCUCUUAAUACGGCUAGUGAAGAGUCAUCGACAGCAGCAGCAGCAGAUGAGCCAGACAUCACUUGUCACAGAGAAGCACCCCAGUGUGAGACUAAAGUUGUUUCAACCGGUUAAUCCCAGCAAAUCGUCACCAGAGCCAGAGGAGCAAGGUUACCAAAAUGCAGCUUACAGUGAGAGUCCUGGUGAAGAGAGCCCUUACAACGAGGAAGAAAAGGGAUUGUCAGCCAGCAUGCAAAGUAAGACCAAAGAGCCAAGCAAGAUGGAUGGGCAACCAGGGAAGCAGAAAAAGAUGCCAGCAGUAGCAGUUAUAUCUCCGGGGAACCAGUGUACAGGGAACUCUCCAUGCAGAAGUACACAGGUAAUGUCAGCUGAACCUUUGAAUAGAAUGCAAUGUACCCACCAGGAAAAGGCAGCACCCAUGGAACUUCAAUCAAAAAAAGUGGGGAUCACCCAGGCCAUGGUGGCCAAGGAAGUAAUGGACAAUAGUCAAUUGAAGCCUCCACCAGUGGAAAGCAACAGCUGCAAACUCCAACCUGCUACUGAUCCAUCCUGUGAUACCAGCAGUGAGGUAACAGAAAGACAAGAUAAUUCAGGGAUGUGGCCCGAACCCCCUCCACUCUCCAGGCUGCCUAUUGUUGUGGAAGUAAAUGAGGAAGUGGUGGAACAUGAUGGAGAAAUGAGUGUCCCUCAUCCACCAAUGAGCAGUGAGAUCAUCACUCCGGGUUCACUUAUGCAGUUACUAGAAGACUCUAUUGAAUGUUAAAUCCUUUUUGCCUUGUACUGUCCCCCAUCAGUGUUUUACAGCUAUUAUUGUUGUGUGGACUAUAGAAGGAAUUGGUGACCACAUUCUUACAUCAAUUCAAACCAAUGCUACUAAAUCAGACAGCGAUGAGGAGCACUCAAUGCAUAAUUAAUAUCUGCCAAUAUGUCUCGAGUCAAUACAUGUGCGUUACUGAUCUGCUGCGAGAAUAACUCUCUUCCAAGCACACUACAAUGGUAAACACAGCAACUCUCUUAUUGUACCUCUCUGUCUCUGAGUGAUAUCUGUAUAACCAAUGUGUGUCAGAUAAAAAAAAUAUAUACCUUACUUUGGGAAUAAGCA